AUGUAUAAUAAUUUCUCAACAUCGUUACCGCCUUCUUACGAGUCGAUUCCGCCAAACUAUUAUCAACAACAGCCGAUCUAUACUAAUCAGUAUGCACAACCAUCGUACGUUGACAAUUCAUAUAUGAGUCAACCACCUCCGCAGCCAAUAUAUCAAGGAUUACCUCAGCAACCAUCGACUUAUGCAGUACCUGCUCAAUCUCCACCUACGUAUGCACCUGCAGCUCAACCACCGCCCUACACAGCACCUGUGAUACAGCAACAACCAACAAAUAAUAAUCUAAAUUCACCUGUAAAAAGUUCUGCACCUCCUGGUACACCAUUUUCUGCAGGUUACAAAUGGCCACGUAAGACAAUUCAAAUUGUUUGCCCACAAUGCGGAGCAACAGUAACAACGCGUGUCGAAACGUCAAUCACGGUUAUAACUAUUAUCGGAGCAAUAAUACUGUUUUUAUUGACUUGUAUAUUAGUUUGUUUACCAUUCUGUGCUCGCACUUGCAAAAGAACAACUCACUAUUGCCCCUAUUGUAACAGCGUUCUAGGUGUACGAAAACCACUUCAAUAA